GGCAGCCAUUUUCUUAAAAGCUGUUCCGCUAACGACCCCUUCAAAGUACUCAGAUGAGAAGCCUUGGGUUCUUUCCAGUCUAGUAGUUAUCAACCGAGGUACCACAAAAGGCUUCUAUCGCUGAGACCUAGAAGUGUCUAAUUCAAGUGUCCCUUACUCCGCAGAUCCUCCCCUUUAGUUGUUUCCUUAGCCCUUAGAACCACUGAUGGCGCAAGCCCAGAAAAUGGGGCCCUGACUUUUUAAAGAUGUGCUUCAAAGGAGGAGGCCUAAAUCGGAAGCCUUAGGAUAAAGUAAGUCCCUGAGACGUCCUGGUGCUUUAAGGGUGCACGCCAAGGGGCGGAGUCUAGAGCGGAAGUUAUAAAUCAGGACCGAAGUCCUCCUGAUGAAAGGCGGAAGUGGCACGUCCCAGGCUGCAGUCAUGGCGCAGGAAGAGGAAGACAUUCGGGACUACAAUUUGAAUGAGAAGCAGAAGGCGACCAAGGCCAAGUAUCCUCCAGUCAGUCGGAAGUACGAGUAUUUGGACCAUACAGCGGAUGUCCAGUUACAUGCAUGGGGAGAUACUCUGGAGGAAGCUUUCGAGCAAUGUGCAAUGGCCAUGUUUGGUUACAUGACAGAUAUUGACACAGUGGAGCCCCUCCAAGCAAUAGAAGUAGAAACACAAGGAGAUGAUUUGCAGUCUCUUCUGUUUCACUUUUUGGAUGAGUGGCUUUAUAAGUUCAGUGCUGAUGAAUUCUUCAUACCCCGGGAAGUGAAAGUACUUAGUCUUGAUCAAGUAAAUUUCAAAUUACGGUCAAUUGGGUGGGGAGAAGAAUUCUCAUUGUCCAAGCAUCCUCAGGGAACUGAAGUCAAGGCAAUAACGUAUUCAGCCAUGCAGGUCUAUACUGAAGAGAAGCCAGAAGUGUUUGUGAUCAUUGACAUUUAAGACAAAGAAAAAACUCCUAUGCAGAACUGUUUUUUUCUCGUCCUUUCGAGAAGAUACCAUAAUAUAAAUUCUACAGUCUCUGACAAUAUAUGAUGGUUUGGGUUUGCAGAACAGAAAUUUUUGACUUAAAGUAUGACUUUCCCACAAAUGGAAAAUCAAGGCAUAGUCUUGUUCUGUACUAACUAGAUAUUCAAAUGUUCAAGAAUUCUUCAGGUGGCAGGUAUGGUUCCUUAUUUAUUAAUUCCUUCUGUAGCAGGAGGUCCCUCACACCCUUCCAAUGGAAUGCCAGCCCUCCAGCCUGGUCCCAAAGGGGAUCAUUGAUGUAAACAUCAGCCCGAGAGACUCAAGCCUCCACACUCUUAUCGGAUCCACUUUGGGAUAAAAAAUGAUAAUUUUACAAUCAAGAUUUUGCUUUCCCUCCAAAUUGGUUAAGACAUAUAUUUUCUAUUUGUAUAUUAAGAGGUUGUAUUUCAGAUUGUUGUAGGACAGAGCCAUCCUGUAUUCCAGUUGGAUAUCUUAUAAGAAAUAAUUGUAAUUGAACAAUUGGGAGACUUCUCUAGAAAGAGCCCUGAUUUUCUAUCUCACUUUUUUUAAAACACUGAUAUACUGACAUUUUCUUGUUUCUCCACAAGAAAAAUUUAAUGCCCUUAAAAAUGGGCCCUUCUAUCAUGUAAUUUUAUAUUAAAGCCAGUAUAUUUAUAGUUCGAGAAGAAUGGGAAAAUUUUUAAUUUUUUUGUUUGUUUUUAAAAAUUAUUUAAGCUCUUCAUUUCUGAGAAGACAGGAGGCCAGGAAAACAACUUUAAAAUGAUCUGAACUUUUUUUUUUUGAUCUGAACUUUUGUCCAGCCAAGGUGGCUCAGUGGUUGAGCAUCAGCCUAUGAACCAGGAGGUCACGGUUCGAUACCAGUGGGGGCACAUGCCCGGGUUGCCUGCUAAGUCCCCAGUAGGGGGUGUGCAGGAGGCAGCCAAUCAGUAAUUUCUCAUCAUUGAUGUUUCUAUCUACCUCUCCCUCUCUGAAAUCAAUAAAAGUAUAUUUAAAAUGUAAAAUAAAAUUAUCUGAACUUCUCAAAGUAGAUUACUUCUAAAAAGUGGAA